AUGCUGCAGUUUUGUUAUGGGAGACUAGAGAGUAACGCUUGACUUUGCAGAAACCAUUGGCAACUGUCUACACCAAUGUCCUGAUCAGAGCAGCCUGAGAGAGAGAGGGACAAGUAAGGCGACCCAAGGAGACUGAAAGAAUUCGUUUGGCGUUUGAAUAAACAUGUCUGGAAAUUACAGAUUCUCAAUGGACCAGCAGGACAUAGUUCAAUUGUUGAUCACGAACGUCGGGAGUUUUAUCCGAGACCGGUUGAUCGACAAGGAGCAGAGGAUACGCCAGAAGGAACAGUGUGCGGAGAGAUUGGCGGCUGAGGGAGGUAGCAAUGACAUGGACACCGAGGUUCGGUAUUCUGAUCAGGCAGUGCUGGCGAAUUUGGAUUGGGGGAUAGAUGCCCUUGAAGAAGCUAUCAAUACCUCCAACAUGGAGACGAAGCUUGCCCGGUUGGACUACGCCGAGAAGAUGCUGCAAGUGUGCGCGAUGUUGAAUUCGCAGCAGAAGACUGCUGGAGUCCCCAAUUUCUACCUCUCUGCUUGGGCGCAUCUCAAUCUUUCGUACUUGUGGAUGCUGAGGAACGAGGAUCGCGAGUCCGUACUUCAUGUCAUUGAGAUGUUCAUUGUGGACCCUUUCUCGCGGAUCGAUUUUGCUCCAGAUGUUUGGAGGGACCUGUUUCUUCCGCACAUGAACUCGAUCGCCGGGUGGUACACAGAGGCGAGGCACAGGCUUGUGAUGGAAGCUAUUCCAGAUGCUUCUGACCUGUCCUUCACGGCUGAUAUGGACCAGUUCCUCAACGAGUCGGUCAUCUUCUCGAUGAGGCCUGACCAAAUGGAGAAGACGCAGAAGCUCGAGCAGCUCUAUCGAGAGUCCUUGGAUGAGAAUACAAGGCUUUAUGCAAAGUACUAUAGGGACUGCCUGAACUGCGACUCGAGCAGCGGAAAGAAGGCAAUGCCCAUGUUCCCAAUCGCAGAGCCCCCAAUGACUCCCUUGCAUGAGUUGAGCCGUUCCAUUCCAGAUUACAUGAAAUUCGGUCCGAUUCUGCCCAAGAGUGCAGGGUUCUCGCCGAUCCUGAAAUCAAAUGAUGGCGUGAGACAAGCGAGCAGAUUAAGAAAUGUAGCGUCCAGCAUUUCCGAGGAUAUGGAGGAGGAUGUCACCCACGAGCACCACGAAGAGCUAACUGACAAGAACGACAACGAUUCUGAAUGUGAUAAUGAUGAGCCCUCCACAGUUUCUGAAUAUAAGAAUCGCAGGCUAAUCUCUCUUAAGAGUAUGAGAAUCGCUGAGGAAAGAAGCAAUGGGCCCAAAGGACUUCCAUAUCCAGCAAAAGUUCGACGGAGUCCCAAAAUGUUCUCUCCUGUCGAUUCCCCCCAAACUACUUCUAAGGUUUCAUCUCCAAAAGCCGACAUAUAUGACAGAAAGGAACCGGCAGCAGUAUUGCCCCUGCUUUCAGGACGCAUCCGAGAUUCGACAAUGUCCAACUCUUUGCCUCAAUCACCACGCCUCAAUGAUGAUUUCAGUAUAAACUCUGCAAAGUCAGAUGGUGAAGCCAUUGAAUGUUUUCUUUUGCACAAUCCAGACCCCCUUCAGAUUUGUGUUCAUGUCCUUCCUCUGGUACAAAUUGAAAUGAUGAAUUCUCACAAAACUGGUUUUUCAAGGCAGUUGUCGCAUAGAAGCUGCAGGAAAAGUGACAACAGAUCACGGAGUAUAAGCAAUGACUAUGUGAGAGGCCAAGUAUUUGACAAUAGUUUUCAUACUGAAAGUGACGAUGAAAAUAAUAGCUGCAUUUCGCUCCCACUAUCUGACAAUCAAACUAGUCGAACAAAACCACCCAAAGAUUUUGUCUGCCCAAUCACAGGCCAGCUUUUCAGCGAUCCAGUUACCCUUGAAACUGGUCAGACAUAUGAAAGAAGAGCAAUUCAAGAAUGGAUAGAGCGGGGAAACAACUGUCCCAUCACUCGGCAAGCUCUCUCCGCGAACACAUUGCCCAAGACAAACUACGUCCUCAAAAGACUAAUCACAUCUUGGAAAGAACAGUAUCCUGAUAUUGCCCAAGAGUUGUCAUAUGCAGAAACACCAAGAAACUCGAUGAGUUCUUCCUCUAUGACUGAAAACCUCGAACCUUCAAAUGUGUCCAGGACAUUUGACUUCCCCAGUAAUACAAACUCAGAUGGGUACAUGAGUCUGAGGCGCAAAAGAUUUACACAAGGAGUAGUAUCUACAUCACCGACGAGUGUCAUAUCUCAAGCUGCUAUGGAGACAAUCAUAAAUGGGUUAAAACCACAUGUCUCGUGCCUUUGUACAUCAGAGGACUUGCAAGAAUGUGAGGUGGCAGUCCUGACAAUUGCCAAGACCUGGAAGGAGACAAAAGGAGAUCCUGCAAUUCAUUCAUACCUGUCCAAACCUACGACUGUGAAUGGGUUAGUUGAAAUAUUAUCGGCCUCACUGAAUAGGGAGGUUCUCAGAUAUUCAAUUUACAUUCUUUCGGAGCUAAUACAUGUUGACGAACCUAUUGGAGAGACCCUCACUAGUAUUGACUCUGAUUUUGAUUGCCUGGCUGAAUUACUCAAGAAUGGUCUUGCGGAGGCUGCCGUCCUCAUAUACCAGCUGAGGCCAGCAUAUGCCCAGCUUUCAGCGAACAAUCUUGUACCCUCCCUUGUGCAGUUAAUACUUAACAAAAGUGAAGAUCUGAAUGAUCUCCAACUGUUAAUCGAACCAAAGGACGCUGCUAUAGCGAUGCUUGAGCAGAUUUUGAUGGGAGGGGACGAAAACAGCCGGUCUGUCAAUGCUCAAAGUGUUAUUUCUGCAAAUGGAGUUCCAUGCCUGAUCAAGUACAUGGACAAGGUUGAAGGAAGGCAGUCAAUUAUCUCCAUACUACUGUGCUGUAUACAUGCUGAUAGAACUUGCAGGAAUUUGAUAGCAAACAGAAUCGAAUUGUCUUCAGUCCUUGACCUAUUUCAUGCUGGAAAUGACACCGUAAGAGGCAUUUGCAUAGAAUUUCUGCUGGAACUGGUCCAAACCGACAGAAGAACAAUCUCCAACCAGAUAUUGCAGUUGAUCAAAGAUGAAGGUGCAUUUAGCACCAUGCACACCCUCCUAGUGCAUCUUCAAAUGGCUCCUAUGGAGCAACAACCAGCUAUUGCUACACUUCUUCUUAUGCUUGAUCUCCUGGUAGAACCUAGGAACAUGAGCAUUUACAGGGAAGAAGCGAUAGAGGCCCUGAUUGAGGCACUGCAGAAGAAGGAUUUUCCCAGUUCCCAGAUAACAGCUUUGAAUGCUCUACUAUGUCUUUCUGGACGCAUGACUGCCUCGGGAAAAUCCUGCACUGAAGCUUGGUUGCUGAAGGUUGCAGGGUUCGAUCAACCAUUCAAUGCUCUAAUGAGGGAAAGGCCAACCAUGCAUGAGAAUGAAUUGGCAGAAACAAUGGAAGAGGAAGAGAAAGCCGCAAAUUCUUGGGAGAGAAGAGUGGCCUUUGUCCUUUGCAACCAUGAAAGGGGAGUCAUUUUCAAAGCUCUAGAGGAAUGCCUCAAAAGUAAUUCCAUUGAAAUGGCAAAAUCAUGCCUCGUGAUUGCCACAUGGCUCACUUACAUGCUUUCUGUUCUUCCCGAUACUGGCAUGAAAAAUGCUGCCCGAAAGUCUUUCCUCGAAGAAUUAAUAAAUGUGCUCCAGUCUUCUAAGAACUUAGAGGAGAAGAUUUUGGCUACCUUAGCAAUAAAAACUUUCAUCGGCGACCCAGCGGCACUUGAAGAACUGGGAAUGUACGCUAAAUGCAUCUACAAGAUGCUGAGAAAGCUGAAGAAGCAUUCAGUAUUAGUUGCUGACAUAUUGAAGGCCUUGAUGAACUUAACAUCUGUGAAUGCAACAGAGUUAUGGAGUUGCAGUGAAGUGAUCGAAUUGGAAUCAUCUGCGAAUGGCGAGGUCCUCUGUUUGCUUCAUUUAAAGGGGCUGCUUUUGAGCAGCCAUUCUGACGGAACCAUUAAGGUCUGGGACGCUGGCAAGAGGGUCUUGAGAUUGAUCCAAGAAGUUCGCGAACACACAAAAGCUGUUACAUGCCUCUACGUCCCCCCUUCUGGCGACAGACUGUACAGCGGUUCGUUGGACAAGAUGAUUCGGGUAUGGGUAAUCAAACCUGAAGAAAUCCAUUGUCUUCAAGUCCAUGACGUGAAAGAGCCAGUGUAUGAGCUGACCGCCAACGCACAUGCCGCGUGCUUCAUUUCUCAAGGAACCGGGGUUAAGGUGUAUAAUUGGUCAGGGACUCCAAAGCAUAUAAACUUCAGCAACAACAAAAUGGCUCGGUGCCUCGCCAUGGCCGAGGGUAAGCUCUACUGUGGCUGUUCUGGAUACAGCAUCCAGGAGGUGGAUUUGGGAAAGUCGACAUCGGGUGUGUUCUACUCAGGGACUAGGAAGUUGCUUGGGAAGAAAACUAUUCAUUCCCUGCUUGUUCACGACAACCUUCUCUUCGCCGGUGGUUCAUCCGUGGAUGGAACGGCGGGAAAGGUAUUCUCUCUCCCCAGCAAGGCUAUCAGCGGGUCGCUCUCGACGGGGUUCGACAUCCAACGGAUGGCAGUGAGCAACGACUUCAUAUUCACAGCGACGAAAUGCGGGAUCAUCGAGGUCUGGUUGAAAGAAAGAGUUGCGAGAGUCGCCUCCAUCAAGAUGGGUAGUGGAGGGAACACCGCAAAGACUACAUCCCUGGCGGCGGACACGGAUGGAGGCAUGCUUUUUGCCGGCUCCUCAGAUGGCAAGAUACAGGUUUGGACUCUGGACUAGACACACUGCCAGCUACAGGGAGAAAUAUACAAACUAGGGUAGAUCCAGCAGAAAAGAAUAGUUUUGCAUCUCAGUAUUUGCUUGCCAAUCAUGAUUUUCCUUAAUGUACCAAGCUGAAUCAUAUGUCCCUUCAUAUGACGUUGGUAUCAGCCUGAUAUUGGACUGCAAUCAGCCGCUUGUUAAUUAUUGCAGUUCAUAGAAAUGGUUCAAGCC